GCCUGUAACUUCCCUGUGACUUCCUGUAAAUCUUGAGUUGUGGCAAAGAAGUUGGCGACAAGAAUGUGGACCUAAGCGUGAUACAAACUGUUGUUUGACCCUUUUAUAAUCAAACAUAAGAAGAAAAUUAAGAAUGGCUAAUAUUGCUAUAAAGAGAGUUCAGAGGGAAUUCAAAGAGGUCGUCAGAAGCGAGGAGUUGAAGUGCAAAGUUGAACUGGUGGACAACUCGUACACGAGGCUGCGAGGGGAAAUAGCUGGACCUCCAGGCACUCCUUUCGAAGGUGGAAUCUAUAAACUGGAUAUUAACAUCCCUGAAACAUAUCCUUUUAACCCACCAAAGGUACAGUUUGUGACAAAGAUUUGGCAUCCAAACAUUAGUUCAGUUACAGGAGUAAUAUGCCUGGAUAUUUUAAAAGAUCAGUGGGCUGCAGCCAUGACGCUGCGUACUGUGCUCCUAUCAAUACAGGCCUUACUCUCUGCAGCUGAGCCUGAUGACCCCCAAGAUGCAGUUGUGGCAAGACAGUAUAAAGAACAUCCUGAAGUGUAUUGGAGGACAGCAAAACACUGGGCAGAGGAAUAUGCUGGAGCUCCUUCUUCACAUAAUGUUGAUUUUGAACAGAAAAUAUCACGAUUGACUUCAAUGGGGUUUACCAAGAUGCAAAGUCUAGUAGCCUUGUCAACCCAUUCCUGGAAUUCAGAAAGAGCUGUGGAGUCUUUACUCAGCAGCUGACAGGUGUCCUUGUGCAGCGUUCCUUUCUAGAUGUCCUUGUAACAGCAGAUAUAAUAGCAAGAAAGCAAGCUAGUUUGGACAGAGAGCUUCAUAUUAUUUUGUAGACUACUCUAAGAAAUGUAACUUUAGGGUUGCAUUCCAUUGUUUCUUGAUUACAGUCCAGGCUAGUCUGCUCCAGAAAAUGUACUUUUUUAUCACGUUAAAAAAAAAAAAUUUUAAUUUCAAAAAUGUACUUCUUACUACAUUUUUAGAUCACACAGUUUCCUGACCAUUAAAAAAUUUCCAGGAUAUGUGCUAGAAAUUUAAAUAGAUACUACCUUUAAAAAAACAACUUAUCGUCCUGGCUGCCACUACCCAUAUGGUGGAUGGUACAAAAUUUGACAUGUUGCUGGUCUGGUUAUCACAAAAACUAGACUUGAAAAUAUUGUUUGGGAGAGUGAUACCUUCAUACAUUGCUUAUAGAAAGAUAGAUGUAGAAAGUGGUGGUUAUGUUGUAGAUGAGUAGCUAGGUUUCUAGGCAAGAUGCAAAAUGGAAGCAUCUAUAAGUGUAUGCAAGCAUAUCUGGAGACAAUUGUUUGAGAGAUCAAGUCCUUUGGAAAUUAUUCUUGUUAUAGUACUUCUUACCUGUGAGUUAAUAGCAAAGCUGGACAUUGACACACACUAUGACAACUAGGCAGUAGAAGGGUUAAAUUCAUGAAUUAUUUACUUUGGCAAGUGAGGUGAGAGAAUGGGAAAGAAAGCAUUGUUUUUAAAUUUAAAAAAAAGUGAAUGCAAACAAUUUCAGCCACUUAAAGUAGGAUAUCAUAUUUCUGAAAGUUAUGAGUAACUUCACAAGUAAUUUCCCCUUGCUCUAUCAAUGCAUUAAAGAGGAAAUACCUUAAAAGAAGUUAUGAGAAGGAAGACACUCACCAGCUGAAGAUGUUAUCUUAUUAGAACACCACAGCCCUUUGUUGAUUUUCUAAAAAAAAGUGUGAUGGCUGAAAAGGAGAGUUCCAAAUCAGAUACUUGGAACUGAGUAAAAGUGAUAACAAGACAAAAAGUGUAACAUUUAUGUGUUGGUUAAUAUUAGAGAAGAUGAUUAAUUCCUGCAUCUUAAUCACCCUGCUUUUGGUAAUGUUUGGUCCACAACGUGGCUGAUGAGUUGCUUUUAUUUCAUUGUGGUAUUAAUUUAAGGAGACAAACUUGUGUUAUUGAGUGUGAAAGAAGUAGUCACAGAAAGGAUCUUGGUUUGGGAACUGUUGAAAGUAGCUACAUGUCUCCUGAGUGAACUGAACAAAGAGAAGUGAAGUGCUAAUAAUUAUCUUAAUUAGGGAAUUGUUGAAGGUAGCUCUAUUAUCUACCCUGGUAUCAUGUAAGACUAACGGGAGAUUUUGUUACAAAUUACAAAUGAACGUAAGCAUAAUGAUCUGUAGGAGUCUCCCAGAAACAGACACGGACAUAGCUCAUCAGUGGUUGUGUGUUGCCAACAUAUUAACUUUUCGGUUAUGGCAGGAUUUAGAUAAAUCUAUUACCUUUAUGAAGAAACAGCAAACUACCCAUGGAAAGUAAAUUGUCCAAUUUGACUCACUUUCCCGACUAGAAUGUCAGACGAAAAGUUAGUGUCCAGCCUUUAUAAAAAGGAGUUAACAUUUAAUUACAACUGUAUUCCUACCCUGGCACUGUAAUCUCUUUAACUUUUACGCAGGCGCUAAGUUUCGUAUUAGGUUGUAGAAGUACGAUUUUUGUUUUUCCUUGUGUAUCUGAGUAAACAAUGGUGCUGUCUAUAUAUUGCGUUCUAUAACUGAAUAAACAGUGGUGCUGUCUAUAUA